AUGUACUUCUCCGCACCCGCUUUCAUCACCAUCCUGACAGCGGCUCUUGCCGUUGCUGCUCCUACCGCUGAGCCCCACAACAAGGUCAUCGACAAGAAGACCUAUAUCAAAGACUGCAAGAAGGACCUUGACGACAAGUGGAACCAGAAGAACGACGACUGGAAGAAGAACGAGAAGCUCUUCUACUUCGACGCCGAGUACGUCGUGAAGGCCACACCCGAACAGGUCAUCAACACCACCCAAAUUCCCGCUCCUGGCCAGCCUGGCGCUAAGGGUCUUUUCAAGUACGGCAUCAACAUUGCCGACAACACCAUCUGCUACAACAUCACCCUCUCCGGCGUUACCGGCGAGUACCGGUCUGCAGCUCUGACAUCCACACAUAUCCACGAGGCAGUCAAGGGCCGCUCAGGCCCUCCUCGUAUUGCCUUCCCCAACCCUGCUGGCCCCGAUGAGCGCCGCAUCUCUACUGGCUGCAUAACUGGGCCCUUCAAGACUGGCAUCAACGGCACAGACGGCGCUGAUACUGGCGCUGCCUUCCACGUCCGUCAAAUUGUUGCCAACCCUGCUGGCUUCUUCACCGACUCUCACACCCGCCAGUUUCUCCCUGGUGCUGUCCGUGGCCAGCUCGCAUAA